GAGCGCACACUGCAAAGUCUGCAAUAUUAAAAUCAAGGAUGCUGGUGCAACAACGUCAAAUCAGGCACUUGAAAACUCACCCGGAGAGUGAGCUGCAGACACAGAAGAGAGAACAAUGUGGACAUCUGCAGUGUUUUUGUUCCUGCUUCUAAACGUGGAUAUGCAAGUAAGUGGUGCUGUCGAUAAGACCGUGGCAGAAAACUCCAUACCAGAGAAGCUCAAGACAAAAGAGGCUGCAGCGACCAGCAACAUUCCUGCAAGGGACAAUGCUUCUUCCGGUUACUUGGGCAAUUUGCUGGUGGUACCCAUGGAUGGGAGUCACUGGGUGGGUAUAAAGGCCAUUGCCCAAGAAAUGGGUCGCCGUGGACACCGGGUCACCGUGGUGAUACCAGAGGUCAGCAUUCGAAUGGGUCCAGGAAAACACUACGAUACCUUGACCUAUCCUGUUCCUUAUGACCGGGCUCACAUUGAUUAUGUCAUGUCUUCACACAUAGACGUGAUGAAAAAAUCAGCACAGUCUUUCACGGAGAAGGUGGUGACGCGAUUUUCGCAAAUCCAGAGAAUUACGGGCUUCAUCCACACCACAGCAGAGAGCCUACUGUUCAAUGCAAGUGUCAUCUCACAUCUGGCACAGCAGAACUUCGAUGCCGUCCUAACAGACCCCAUGGUGCCCACAGGCUCUCUUAUAGCUCGGAAAUUGGGUCUCCCCACAAUAAACUUGCUGAGAGGAAUUCCAUGUUCCAUGGAUAUGAAGUCUGCAGGCUGCCCAUCCCCUCCCUCAUAUGUGCCACGCUUCUUUACAAAAAACACGGAUAAAAUGAACUUCAAGGAGAGGACUAUCAACACUUUGGUGGCUUUCCUGGAGCCGCUGCUUUGCAGACUGAUGUACUGGCACUUUGACAGUUUAGCCUAUCAGUUCCUGGGGGAGGAGGUGGGUGUGGCUGAAAUACUGUCAGAAUCGGCUAUCUGGCUGCUGAGACUUGAUUUCACGCUGGAGUUCCCACGGCCACUCAUGCCUAAUAUGGUGCUAGUUGGCGGAAUUAACUGCCAUGUGAGGAAUCCUCUGCCUGAGGAUUUGGAGUCCUGGUUAUUAGACGGAGAACAUGGGUUUGUAGUGUUCACUCUGGGCACCAUGGUGUCAGAUCUGCCUGAAGAGAGAACCUCCGUCUUCCUGGAAGCCUUCAGACAGAUUCCACAGAAGGUCGUAUGGAGAUACACUGGGCCGGUUCCUGAUAAUGUUCCAGAAAACGUGAAGUUUAUGAAGUGGGCUCCUCAGAAUGACCUGCUCGCGCAUCCUGAAGUGCGGGCCUUCAUCACACACGCCGGCUCACAUGGUCUGUUCGAGGGACUGUGUCACGCUGUUCCCAUGGUGAUGGUGCCACUUGGGGGGGACCAGCCUGACAAUGCGCAGAGGUUGGCGAGCAGAGGAGCCGGACUCGUGCUGGAUAUUUUUGACAUAACUACAGAGAUCCUUCUGCAAGCACUGAAUGAGGUCAUCAACGACACCAGGUAUAAAGAGAACGUGCAGAAGCUGUCUGAUCUCCAUAAAGACCGGCUGGUCGACCCACUCGACCUCUCUGUGUACUGGACAGAAUAUGUGAUGCGGAACAAAGGGGCAAAACAUCUUAAAGCUGCCGUCCAUGGCCUCAACUGGAUCCAGUACUACUGCCUGGAUGUCAUAGCACUACUGGCUACUGUAGUGCUGGUUUUUGUAAUCCUGACAGUAAAAUGUUUUAAACUAAUCUUUUGGAAGCUGAGCAGGAAGAGAAAGCAGGACUAGUCGUUCUAUAUGUGCACGUUCAAAUAAAAAUGUACUGUAUGUUAAAUUGGUUUUGGUUUAAAGAUGGGACAGGGUGAAUAGGAAGAAUAAUGGAAGCCAUGGAGUGAUCAGAAAACAUUUAAUGAACAGAAAAUACAGAUAAUUAGACUCUGGGGUUGAGCGUUAGUGUCCGCCCUUCUUUGGUGGGAAGAAGGUGUACUCUACAGCCAGAGCAACAGCGAAGGCGGCAAAGCCCCACUUGAAUCCUUUCAGAAGCACUUCAGACAGAGUGACAGGACGAGCGAAGCCCCCAGAGUAUCUCCAAGCCUCGUUGCUACAGGGACAGUUAAAGAAAGGAUAGUCAGUAAUCAGAUUCAUUAAAUGGGAGACAGCUAUAUUUACUUUUGGUAGAAACACUGACCGUGCCCAUGGAUCCUUGAGGCCCCUGGAUAUCAGCCUCCUCUGUACGAUCUCCAGUGGGGUCCCCUCUAUCUUCCACUGCCGCCAGUCUGGCAGGACCAGCUUGUUGUGCCCGUGGUCACCUCCCAUUCUGAAAACAGAUGCAUGUUAAUAUGUAAUCACCCAUAGAUAACUUGAACCUCUCAUCAUAUUAUUACUUACUUUUAUUUUAGAAAUGUGUUGUCAGAAACAAGCCUUACAGGACACACAAUAUGUCAAUGAUCCACAUAUUUGUUUAAAACAGGCUCAAACAUGUUUCCGCUUAUGUAGAAGUGAAAACUGCUAACUCUUUGGUUUCCAUGUCUGUUUACGUCUAGAGAUGUACAUGUGGGACCAGGUUUCAACCAUGUUUAAAUGGCAUUAAAAUGUUUGUAAAGACGAACGAUUUAUGUUAUGCUCAUUGUAUAAGCAUAUAACUGGUCUCAGGUUAUACACUAUUUAGUGCCAUUCAAUAUGGAGGUUGAUGUGAUUGGCUGUUUUCUAUUGUCUUAUACCUGUCUACAUUACACUGGCCCAAUACCUGUUUAAGCUUUUCUAAGAUUCUCAGGACGCAAGUUGGCACAUCAAUCAAACUUUAUAACACUCGGUUUAGGCAAUCAUUAUCAUUAUGCAAUGUUGAUGUUUUAAUCUUUGAAAUAAUGGAUGUAAACUAGCUGUGAAGCAAUCUCUGGCAGUGAUUUAAAUGUUGUUGAAUGUUUACUGUUCGUAAAUAAUCAAUAAACAAUCUGGUCGCAGCACCUGCAAACACUGAA